AUGACCUCCGUCGAGGAAUGGCGCUGGGUUCCCAGCCGACUGAAUGUUGCCGAUGAUGCAACGAAAUGGAAAGCACUUCACCUCGAUGAAAGCAGUCGUUGGUUUAAGGCACCAGAUUUCUUGUACGGUCAUCCAGAUUCCUGGCCUCAACAAAAGUUGCCUUCUGCAGACACGCCGGAAGAAAUACGUCAGAUUCAUGUUCAUCGUACAGUGACCAAGCGAGAAUUGGUAGCAUUAGACAGGUUUUCCAAAUGGGAAAGAUUGCUACGAACAAUUGCAUACGUUCAUAGAUUCAUCAAUAUACUGAGUUAUCGAGUAAGAGGUGAGUCGUCGGUGUUGCCCACAUGUUUGAACCAGAACGAACUGGAGAAAGCGGAGAGAACAAUUUGGAAGCAAAUCCAAUUCGAUGAGUACGCUACGGAGAUAAGCAGGAUGAACAGGAGCCACGAACUUCCACCAAAUCAACGUGUUCAGUUAGAUCGUGAUAGCAAACUUCACCAUGUAUCACCGUUUUUAGAUGAGAAUGGAGUAAUCAGAAUGGAAACACGAAUAGCAAAUGCAGACAACUUUGCUCAAGACUUCAGAUUUCCAGUUAUUCUUUCCAAAGAUCACUACGGUACGCUGCUAAUAAUGGACUGGUAUCAUCGGCAAUAUCACCACCACAGUAGCGAAACGGUUGUCAACGAGAUGAAGCAAAAAUAUCACGUGUCAAGAUUGCGAGAGGCGUUGAAGAAAACCAGGAAAAAAUGUAUGUGGUGCAAAGUUUAUAACGCGAAACCGAACAACCCGAGGAUGGCACCAUUACCGAUUGCAAGAACCACGCCAAAUAUUCGAGCUUUCACUUAUACUGGGCUCGAUUACUUCGGACCACUACUCAUCAAACAAGGGCGAAGUGAAGUGAAACGAUGGGUAGCACUCUUUACCUGCCUGACAAUUCGGGCGGUGCACCUGGAGCCUGUGACAAGUUUGUCUACUGAAUCUUGCAAGAUGGCCAUACGAAGGUUCAUAGCAAGACGGGGCUCUCCAAAAGAAAUCUAUAGUGACCAAGGAACGAACUUCGUCGGCGCGAGUCGUGAAUUAGACCAGCAGUGUCGAGAGAUAAAUGAAAGUCUGGCAGAAACCUUCACCAAUACGGUUACGCAGUGGCGUUUUAACCCUCCAUCAACGCCACAUAUGGGGGGUGCGUGGGAGCGAAUGGUUCGCUCCGUGAAAUGUGCACUAGCUUCGCUGUCAACGAUUCGCAAACCAAACGAUGAAGUAUUCCUCACUCUACUGGCUGAAGCGGAGUCGAUGGUGAAUUCGAGGCCUUUGACAUACAUGCCGGUGGACUCAGAAGAUCAAACCGCUCUUACACCAAACUGUUUUCUGAUGUUAAGUACCAGCGGAGUGAACCAACCUGCAAAGUCCAUGAGUAAUAAGGGUCUAUCAUGUACAUCAAGCUGGAACCUUCUGCAGAGCAUACUGGACCAGUUCUGGCGACGUUGGGUCCGGGAGUACCUUCCUGUAAUAUCAAAGAGGACCAAGUGGUUCGUCGAUUGCAGGCCUAUAGAAGUUGGUGAUUUGGUUAUAAUUGUAGGGGACCACCAACGAAACGGAUGGAUAAGACGCCCAGUAGUUAAACUGGCAGUCCUGGAAGUUAACGGUACAGCUGAAGAGAACUCCGAGCAAUACGGGUCGGGGAGUGUUCCGGACGCCAGUGAUGAUGGUGACCCUACACGAUCUUUAAACUCGUAA